AUGUCGAGUAGCAUACUUGUCGUCAAUGAUGGAAUGGACCAGCAAUCGGGUUUGGACACAUCGACAUCAUAUCAAACAUUCGGAAGAAACUCCGGCCGACGGCAUCUAUCUCAAAGCUCCUCCUUUGGUGAUUCAGCUGGAGGCAUGGCGCGUUCACUCACGGAAAGCCUCCGAAACAGUCUGUCCUAUGAUGGAGAGAGGGUAUCGAUACGAGAUAUGGGAGGUCAAUCUUCGAUACCCAAGAGCACUGCGAAUCUUAUCAAGAACUUGGUCGGGGCUGGGGUCUUGGCCCUCCCUGCUGGACUAGCAUCUUUUGCAGAUACACCGUCAGCUGUUGUCAAUGCGACCUGUUUGCUUGUGGUCAUGGGGAUUGUGUUUGGGUAUUUCUUUCAGCUGAUUGCCAAGACAUGUAGUUUGACAUACAGCGUCACAUUCCGGGAAGUUUGGGAAGACACGAUGGGAAACGAAGGAGCUUCGACUGUAUCUGUGGUCAACAUGGUCAAACCAGCUUUGGGAAACCUCGCCUAUUCCAUGAUUCUCGCUGAUACAUUCCAGUCUCUAUUCCAUACUGUCGGAAUCAAUGUAACAAGAACACUGUCACUAGUUUUGGUAACCGUCAUCGGUAUUCUUCCACUUUGUCUGAUGAAGAACUUGGAUGCCUUGGCUCCUUUCAGUGUGCUUGGUACAGCGGGCAUUAUACUAUUUGCAUUCUGCAUGACAGUACGAUACCUCGAUGGCUCAUACAAUGCUGCUCUCGAUGGAAGAUUCUUGAAUGAUCUAGAAAUACAGUAUCAACCACAAUUUGGUGAUUACAAUGGAGCUUGGACGAGCGCAGUUUUGAUUUUCGCAGCCAUGAGCUUUGAAGCAUAUGUUGCUCACUACAAUGCCCCCCGCUUCAUGGCGGAACUCAAGGAAGCUAAUAUGCAUCGAUUUCGGAUCGUUGUUGGCAAUGCCUUUGGGCUUUCGACUUUAAUCUAUGUAUGGAUCACAGCCAUGGGAUUCCUCACAUUUGGAGCCAAUUGCAAUGGAUGCAUACUCAAUAACUACUCAACAAACGACAACCUCGCUACAAUCAGUAGAGUGGCAAUUGCUUUUUCGAUUUUGUUCACCUACCCAAUCACAUUCAUGGGAUUUCGAGACGGACUAAUGGAUGUGAUAGAGCUACCACAGGAAAGACAAACAUCAACAAACAUCAAUAUCAUUUCGAUAUUUUUGCUCUUGCUGGUUACGAUUCUUGCCGCAAUAUGCAAAGACUUGGGGAGCAUCAACGCCGUGGGCGGUGGUACCCUUGCCACGCUGAUUGUCUUUGUGUUCCCAUCCGUGAUGUACCGGAAAGUGAUUAUUGAAAUGCCAAGUCCAGGGGAAAAACGAGAAGUUAAGCUUGUUUUUGCACUGAUGAUCUUGGGUGUUAUCAUGGGCUUCAUUGGUGUGGUUGUGGAACUCAAAAGAUCAAGCUAG